AUGAAAGCUUCAGCCCUACGGAGGGAAAUCAUUGGAAUUAAGCAACACAAGAGAGAAGCUUUUCACACAUAUUGGGAAAGGUUCAAGAAAAUUUGUGCUCGUUGUCCCAAGCACGGAAUUACCGAGUACCAAGUCCUCCAAUAUUUUAUUGAAGGAAUGACUCCAAUGGAAAUAAGGCUUCCUAAUGCUUCAAGAGGCGGAUCUUUACCCAACAAGACUCCAACCGAAAUCCGCAACCAAAUCAAGAACAUGGCUGAAGAUUCUAAACAUUCAAGCCAUGAUGAGGAAUGGUACAUGGAUGCACCCCGAGGUGUAAAGGAAGUCCAAACCACUCAAAUUGAAGCUCAAUUGUCCGAGCUUACGAAAGUGGUUAUGAUGCUAGCCAAAGACAAAGGGAGAUUAUCAACCAAAUCAUACACAUCAAUACCAAAAAAGACCACCAUUUCCUCAAAAUCAACAAAGACCACCUUUUCAACCUCAAAAUUUCCAGCCAAGGCAUCCACCACAACCACCUCCACAAGCGGGUUCAUCAAGCAUACACUAGAAGAUAUCGUCAAGAGCCUUGCCACUAGCGCUCAAAGCUUCCAAAAAGAAACAAAAUCAAGCUUAAAAAGCUUGGAGCAACAAGUUUCACAACUUGCUCAGUCUGUUAGUAAGAUGGAAUCACAAGGCAAGCUACCAUCUCAAACCGAGAAGAACCCAAAACACAACACAUGUGCCAUUACCAUAAGAGGUGGGAAAAGCUACGAUGGUCCAAAGAUGUCGGGUGAAGAAGAGGAAGAGAAAGAGAUUGAGGUGGAAGAAGCUAUCAAAGAAGAGGAAAGGAAAAAUACUUCCAAGUCAAAGAAACCAAUAGAAACCGAAGAGAAAGUCAAACCAGCUCCAUUUCCUUCAAGGCUAACAAGUACAAAGAGAGAACGGGAAGAUGACAAAAUAAUGGCAAUAUUUCAAAAGUUUAAAAUCAAUAUUCCCUUUUUAGAUGCUAUGAAACAGAUUCUUAGAUAUGCUAAGUUUCUUUAG